AAAGCCGAGGUCCUGAAACCGACGUUCGAGGACACCGACACGACCAUCCCCACCGACACAGCAAGGGCCGGCUCGAGGGCUUCGGCUCCGUGGAUGAAACCAGUCGUCCCAGACAAGCACAAUCAUCAUGCAGAGGGUGUUUGCUCUGUUGCUCGUGGUGGUGGUGCUGCUCUGCAUGCCCCCUGUGGCGGAGACGUCUGCGGUGACCUUCACCAUGGUGAAGAAGGGAGGGGCAGAAGAAGAGGAAGAAGAGCGAGGUGGCGGGAGGGCAGAGUCGACCUCGCGUUCGGGUGUCGCGACAGCGCCGGGAUUAGAACAAGAAGGCGCGGAGACUCCUGCCGCCGACGGCGGCGGUGGGACAUCGAAGCAAAACCCCUUCCAAGACAUCAGCCGCAGCAGCAGCAACAACAAUAGCAGAAGCAGCAGCAGCAGCAGCAGCAGCAGCAGCAAUAGCGGCGGCGGCGGCGACGACGUCGACGGUAUCCGAUACUGCACCGUGGACGAGCUGCUGCCGCUGAAGAAAUCGCCGCACAGCGCACUGUCGUCGGAGUGGUCGCAAGGGCAAGGAGGAGUGUGGAAGCCUCCGUACGGAUGCGACUGUGCGUUUUCGAAAGCAAGGUAUUUUUGUCCAAACUUGGGAAGCGGCGUGUACCCCAGGUGGGUGCCGCGUGCGGUCACUAGGGGUGACUGCAGGAGCGCCACGCGGGAAGAAAUGUCGUCUAGGGGCGCGCCGUUUCCGCCUGACUCGAAGGUCUUGUUCUACGGGAACUCCCACAUGCGGCAGACACUCGAGGCAAUUCUGUGCCUUUUCCAGAAGGACGUGGUGUCGAAGAGGUUGCGGUUCGUGUCCGCCACCAACGCCAACGAGACGGCCUACCUCGAGGUGCCUGGCGACACUCCGUGCCGCGCCUGCUCCGUCUGGACCUUUUUCAAGGACACCCUGCUGAACUCGGGUUGUAUCGGGGGGGGUGGUGGUGACGAUGAUGGCGACGAGGCGUGCAGGUGCGACGACGACCACGGCGAGUUUUUCUUCUCCAACGGGGCCGUCGUGCACUUCUACUUCGCCAACCACGACGAAGACAAGCGCAUUACGGACGCCCUGGCGCCGCACCACAAAGAAGACCUUUCCUACUACACCGCGGUCUUCGCGAACCCGGGGAACAAGCCGAGUGUCGAGGCGGACGCGGUGCUGGACGCCGCGGUUGAGCUUCAGGCCGCCGGGGUGCCCUUCUUCUGGCUCAGCACGUACGAGGGGAAAGGGGACCCUCAGCGCUGGAACUCCCGGCAGAGGGAGACCGACUUUUGGGAGUCCGGCGCAAAGUUCGUCCGCGUGUUCGACAUAGUCCAGGGCCUCCACAGUCUGACGAGGAAGGUGGUGGAGCGAACGGUAGAAAACGACCCGCACUUCUGCAUGCCGGGUCCUCCGGACGAGGUCGGGAUCCUGCUCCUGAAGCUUCUGUGGGCCCUGCACCACGAGAAGACGUGCAUGCCGUAGUCGUUAG